UUACUUUCGUUUUCAUAUCCUAAGCGUGGGACGUGUGUGUGUGUGUCUGUGAAUGGAUAUCAGAUACGUGAGAGUUGUAGACGUCAGCUAAAGUUGUUAACUAAUACAUCAACCCACAACCAGACUAUUUCAAUGAAAUGCGGAUUGAUUCAAUAAAGAGAAUCAGAUGUCGGGAUGAAUUUUGCCUUUGUGAAGCGAUCUGUGUGUUUCAGAGGAGUGUUCUUGCUGUUUUACUCUUGCUGUGAAGGCAGCACUGUUCUUAACAUCACAGCCAAAGCUGGACAUCCGGCGGUUCUCCCGUGUUCUUGCCCUAUACAUUCCCCUCCAUUCUUUAUCUGGCAGAAGAGCAAUGAUGUUGUAAAUUUGCUCAGAAACGAUGACAGGGAGACUCAAACAGCCCAGCAGUUUCAGAACAGAACACAUGUAAACAUUCAGUCCGGAAACUGCUCUAUAGUGUUCAAUACUGUACGUUUAUCAGAUGAGGGACUGUACACAUGUUACUACAGCAAGAUCCCUUUACGAAAGGAAGAAAUCCAUCUAAAGGUUACAGACCCCAGUAUGGCGUGUAACCAAAGCGAUGGCGUGUACCGCUGUCAGCUCACGGAACUUCAUCCCGAAGGAAAGAUCCUGUGGAAACACGACGGUCAACUUCUGCCAUUGUCUGUGCAGUGUACAACAGAUCCGAUCACAGGCUUGUGUAAUACCAGUGACUCCAUCACACUGACUGGCAAUAAUAAUGCAACGCUGACAUGUGAGGUGACAAAUUCCAACAUGGACAAUAUAGUCACUAUCUGCAAGCCAGCAAGUCCAGAUGCAGAACGGGUGACUCACAGCACUUCGAUGACAUCAUCAGUUUGUGGAUUUCUCACUGUCGCGAUUGUAAUUGCUGCUGUGUUUGUGGGCAUCGUGUGUAGAAAACGCCAGAGGAAAAGAGGAUGUAUUGCAACAUCAGGAGCAGCAUUUAACAGCAGUUAAAAAAUCUCUGUUGCUGUUUUUAAACACUUUUUUAACAAAGACUUUCUUAACAAAGGAUCGGACUUUGAGGUUACAAAAACAUAAAAAUAAAAUGCGUGACCAUUUUUAUUGUCCAAAUAUUUCUGUUAUUACGGAAGAUAUCACAGAAGUCAACCAGCUGCCUAAAUCAGAAAUGCCUUUUUUUACUAUAACUUUGCUAAUGAAAUCUUAAGGUUCAGCAUCUGGUACAUGAUGAUAGAUGGAACUGAUUCAUUGUUAAUGUUUAUUUACUCUUCUUCACAACAUUCACAAAGUGUGAUCGCACCAUGUUUUGGUUAAUCCCUAACUGUAGACAUUGAUGUAAACAGCACUAACAAAAGUCAAUUAUCAUUUGUACAAACAAGUAAAACUAUUCGAGUGGGUGUAUUGGAUUCUAAAAGCAUUGCCAUUAAUGCGAGAAUGUGCAAGCCAUCACAUGACCGAGAUGUUUUUUAGAUGAAUAAGCAGUUUCACCGUCUUUGUUUGUUGCAGUUGUUUAUAAUAAUGAGCCACUUUGUUACUGUGAACAAUUCUUUCUUGCACCAUUAAUACAUGUCUUUGUCAUACA